GGCUUCCGUCCUGGUUAAGAUGGCGACGCCCGGGGUCCCGCGGAGCGGUCGCAGUGGGUGCCGCCGCCCUAGGCGAGGUCGGGCCGCCCCGCGCGGAAGAACCGCCCCCAGCUGCCACACCACCAGCGCCUAGCAAAGCAUCCCAGGCCCCGCCCGGGACGGCAGCCGCACCAUGGAUUCUUCCAGUCCAUCUAACUCCUGUUUUUCCGUCGGCUCCACCAGUCCCGGCGCUGUCGUGCUCCUUUACUCGAAGGAGCUCAAAAAGUGGGAUGAGUUUGAAGACAUUUUAGAGGAGAGGAGGCAUGUCAGCGACUUGAAAUUCGCGAUGAAGUGCUACACGCCUCUUCUGUAUAAGGCGAUGGUCCCGUGCCAGCCCAGCGAUAUUAAGUGUAGCGUCCUCAAUUCUGAAGAGGUGUUCUAUGUCAUUGCACAGCUUUCCAAGGAGUCCCUCCAGUCCGCGGACACCCUCCGAGAGGAGGCGUCUCAGAUCUUGGAUGAAAUGAGCCACAAGCUGCGUCUGGGAGUCAUCCGGUUUUUUGCCUUUGCCCUUAGCAAAAUAUUUAAACAGAUUUUCUCAAAAGUGUGUGUAAAUGAAGAAGGUAUUCAGAAACUCCAGCGAGCCAUCCAGGAGCAUCCGGUCGUCCUGCUGCCCAGUCACCGGAGUUACAUCGACUUUCUGAUACUCUCCUUCCUUUUGUACAACUACGACUUGCCCGUACCGGUCAUAGCAGCAGGAAUGGACUUCCUAGGGAUGAAAAUGGUUGGGGAGCUGCUGCGGAUGUCGGGCGCCUUCUUCAUGCGGCGCACCUUCGGCGGCGACAGACUCUACUGGGCUGUGUUCUCCGAAUACGUAAAAACCAUGUUACGGAAUGGUUUUGCUCCUGUUGAAUUUUUCCUCGAAGGGACAAGAAGCCGCUCUGCCAAGACAUUGACCCCUAAGUUUGGUCUUCUGAAUAUUGUGAUGGAACCAUUUUUCAAAAGAGAAGUUUUUGACACCUACCUUGUUCCAAUUAGCAUCAGUUAUGAUAAGAUAUUGGAAGAAACUCUUUAUGUGUAUGAGCUUCUUGGGGUUCCUAAGCCGAAAGAAUCGACAACUGGACUACUGAAAGCCAGGAAGAUUCUCUCUGAAAAUUUUGGCAACAUCCACGUGUACUUCGGAGACCCCCUGUCACUGCGAUCCCUGGCGGCUGGCAGGAUGAGCCGAAGCCCAUAUAACUUGGUUCCCAGGUAUAUUCCUCAGAAGCAGUCGGAGGACGUGCAUGCCUUCGUCACCGAGGUCGCCUACAAAGUGCAGCUUAUGCAGAUCCAGAACCUGGUGCUGAGCCCGUGGGUCCUUGUCGUUGCUGUCCUGCUGCAGAACCAGCCGUCCAUGGACUUCGACGCUCUGGUGGAAAAGACUCUGUGGCUGAAAGGCUUAGCCCAGGCCUUCGGGGGCUUUCUCGUUUGGCCGGAUAACGCACCCGCGGACGAAGUGGUCCAGGCCAGCAUCCUUCUGCACGCCAACGUCGCCAGCCUCGUCAGAGACCGGGUGGUUCUGAACGCGGACAGGGGGGACUCGGACGUGGCAGACGGCCUCACCCACCGGCACGUCACCCUCCUCAUGUGCUCAGCCUACAGGAACCAGCUGCUUAACGUUUUUGUUCGCCCCUCUUUAGUAGCUCUGGCGCUGCAGAUGGCACCUGGGUUCAGGAAAGAGGACGUCUACAGUUACUUCCGCUUCCUGCGCAGUUUUUUGUCGGAGGAGUUCAUCUUCCUUCCAGGAAACGAGCUACAGGACUUUGAGGAAGGCUGUCACCUGCUUUGUAAAAGUGAGACCAUUCACGUGACAACGAGGGACAUCGUAGUUACAGAGAAAGGAAAGACUGUGCUAGAAUUUUUAAUAGGACUCUUUAAACCUUUCAUGGAAUGUUAUCAGGUCAUUUGCAAAUACCUCUUGAAGGAAGAAGAAGACUACUUCACCGAGAAACAGUACUUAGCUAGAGUUAGGACGUUCACGAGCCAGCUUCUCGAUGAAGGGGCCUCGCAGUGCUACGAUGCGCUGUCUUCUGACAUACAGAAAAAUGCCUUAGCGGUUUUGGUGAGGCUAGGUGCGGUGGAGAAGAAGAAGGUAAAUAAUGACUUUAUAUUUAAUGUGAACGAACCCACCACGACAAAAUUAGAAGAAAUGCUUGGUUGUAAGACACCGGUAGGAAAAUUAGCAACUGCAAAACUUUAACAAUUGCCAAACGGUUAUGGAAGUUUCAGUCAUAAAAUACGCAAGGACUUUUAUCACAGGAAACAGGGACGUGAGGCGAGAGACCCUUCUUUCUCCUCACGCUUCCCCAGAUUUUGAGACGGGGGCUCCGGGGACAGGAAGCCACGACCGAUUAAAACAAUCCGUGCGACCAUCUCCGCUGCCGUGGUCCAGAAGGCAUUUGUAUCCAACCCUGUGUGUGUUUUCAAAUAAAACGAUCUUUUGAAAACACGUGUGGCAAAACAAA